GCGGCGCUUCGCCGCGUGCGACGCGGUGAACGGGAAUCUCGCGUGUCGAUACGCGACCCCGAAGUCCACGUUGACCUAUUCUGACCCUUGAACAGUCGCGAGCACGUCAGGUGCCGCGAGAAUGGCUGGUACCGACGAUCUCCCACGUUCCUCGUCGUUUCGCGUCUUUACCGCGCGCGAAAGCGCCAUGAUGCACAAACGCACGGCGUCGUGCGUACUCACGGUGUGUGCGUGCUCACGUGUAAACAAGCCGAGGCACUUGAUGUCGUCGUCGUCGUCGUCGUCGUCGUCGUCAUCGUAGUUGUGUGACGACGAGCGAGCCGCAGCCGCUGGUGUCGGUCGCGAAUCGCUACAACAACGGUUCGACGACACAAACGGACGACGGACACACACACGCUGCGAUUCUCACGGUAGUCUCUCGCUCGCGGCCGGCCGAUUCGUCGCGGUCUGAUAAGAUAUGCGCCGGGGACGUGGUGCCGCGACGUCGCAACGCGCGAGACGGCGAUUAAUCCGCAUCAGUUAACCGCGUCUGAGCCGCGCGCCAGGAUAAGAGGAGCAAGGAGGAGCGCGCGAUAUAUCAUCUCGGUUCCUUACCUUGUUCCUUUGGCGGAGGGGUAGAUAGGUGAGACGGGCAGGAAGGAGUUAGACGGAUACAGCGGGGGAUAUACGUCGCUCACAGUCCUCCUGUCAACAUGAGGCUGGAGGAGAUGCCGUUGCGUCUCAACUCCGACGAGCGGGACUUUGAAAUGGACGACGAAGAGACCGACUACCUGCUGCAGCCGUCCGAGGACAGCAUCAGGCUCCUCACGUCGAGGCGACGGCGCAUUAGCGAUUGCUCCAAGUACCUGAGGAACUGCCUCUGCGGAUGUUGUACUUGGAUGUGGAGAAGAUGCUGCAGAGAGCGGGAGUUAAGAGCCAGAGUUAUCCACAUUGGACAGCCUAUGCAUGAAAAGUUCCCCACCAAUGUUAUAAGAAAUCAAAAAUACAAUGUUGUUACUUUCUUGCCUUUGGUCCUCUUUCAGCAAUUUAAAUUCUUCUUGAAUUUAUACUUUUUGCUUAUGGCUAUAUCCCAAUUUAUACCAGACAUAAGAAUAGGGUAUUUAUACACAUAUUGGGGACCAUUGUGCUUUGUUUUAACUGUAACGAUUUUCCGCGAAGCUAUUGAUGACUUUAGAAGGUAUAAGAGAGACAAAGAAGUCAAUGCACAAAAAUAUUAUAGACUAGUAAGGGGUUUUGAUACAUCAGAGUUAGUACCAAGUUCGAAAUUGCGAGUUGGUGACUUGGUAAUAGUGGAGAAGGGUCAAAGGGUACCUGCUGACUUGGUAUUGUUACGCACGACUGAGAAAUCUGGCGCGUGUUUCGUGCGUACUGAUCAGUUGGAUGGCGAGACGGAUUGGAAAUUGAGGUUGGCAGUGCCUGCAACGCAAAAAUUGGAAAGCAAUUCUCAAUUGUUUGAUAUUAAAGCUAGUUUGUAUGUCGAGAAACCUCAAAAGGACAUACACAGCUUUAUCGGUACCUUUUCGAGGUAUGAUGGAUACAGCAGUGAAGAGAGCUUGGGCGUAGACAAUACUCUAUGGGCCAACACUGCUGUAGCAUCGGGAUCUGCUCUCGGUAUCGUUGUUUACACCGGUCAGGAGACGCGAUCUCUGAUGAAUCAUUCCGCAAUUAGGUCAAAAGUUGGUUUACUCGACCAAGAGAUCAAUCAAUUGACGAAGGUGCUGUUUUGCGCAGUAAUAGGACUCGCUCUUGUAAUGAUGUGUUUGAAGGGAUUCAACGGCCCAUGGUACCGUUACAUGUUCCGUUUUGUUUUGCUGUUCUCAUACAUCAUACCGAUCAGCUUGCGAGUAAACCUCGACAUGGGCAAGGUGUUCUAUGCUUGGUGCAUACAGAGAGACAAAGAUAUCGUCGGUACGGUCGUGAGGACAACUACCAUCCCAGAGGAACUCGGACGUAUAUCUUACCUGCUGAGCGACAAAACUGGCACGCUGACACAGAAUAAGAUGGUGUUCAAAAAACUUCACCUGGGCACUAUAUCUUACGGCCAAGAGACGUUUGACGAGGUGACGACGGUGUUGAAAUCUUAUUACUCGAUUAACUCUGAUAAUUCUCUGGUGAAACCGGCACCAAGUGCACAUAGCGGCAAAGUGCGGAGAUCCGAAAACACCCGAAUCUACGACGCGGUGCACGCUUUAGCGCUCUGCCACAAUGUAACCCCGGUAUACGACGACGUAAUGAGAUCCACGAAUCUGGAUACGGUGAGCGUACAAACGGGAGAAACUGGAGACACGGGUUCCAUCCAGAGUCAAACCGAAGCCGAUCAACACUACUACCUGCCAGAACAGAAACGUAAUUACCAGGCUUCGAGCCCGGACGAGGUGGCUCUGGUGAAGUGGACGGAAGAAAUGGGAUUGGCUUUGAUCAAACGAGACCUAAACACGAUGCAGUUGAAAGCUUUGAACGGUCAAAUACUGAAUUACACGAUACUACAGAUAUUCCCCUUCACGUCGGAAACCAAGCGGAUGGGAAUAAUCGUGAGAGAGGAGUCCAGCUCUGAAAUCGUGUUUUACCUGAAAGGUGCGGACGUUGUGAUGUCUGGUAUUGUACAGUACAAUGACUGGCUGGAAGAAGUAUGCGGCAACAUGGCGCGCGAAGGUCUCAGAACAUUGGUCGUGGCCAAGAAGAAUCUUACUGAAGAUCAGUAUCUUGAUUUUGAAGCGAGGUACAACGCGGCGCGAAUGAGCGUGAGCGAUCGUGUAUCGAGGGUCGCCGCGGUAGUCGAGAGCCUUGAGAGAGAAAUGGAACUGUUAUGCGUAACCGGUGUCGAGGACAGGCUGCAAGAUAGAGUAAGGCCUACAUUGGAGCUUUUGAGGAACGCCGGUAUCAAGAUAUGGAUGUUGACCGGUGACAAGCUGGAGACCGCCACGUGUAUAGCAAAAUCCUCGCGGCUGGUCUCACGUACCCAAGGACUGCACGUUUUCAAGUCCGUCGUGACUCGUACCGACGCCCACUUGGAACUGAACACGUUCCGCAAGAAGCAAGAUUGUGCCUUAGUUAUCAGCGGUGAUUCCCUGGAGGUGUGCUUGCAGUAUUACGAACAAGAGUUCUUGGAACUUGCUUGCGGAUCACCCGCCGUUGUCUGUUGCCGAUGUUCCCCUACGCAGAAAGCCGAGGUCGUCAGUCUCAUACAGAGACACACCGGAAAGAGAACAGCAGCAGUUGGCGACGGUGGCAACGACGUCUCUAUGAUACAAGCUGCGGACGCUGGAAUCGGUCUGGAAGGUCUUGAGGGAAGACAAGCAUCAUUGGCUGCGGAUUUCUCAAUCUCUCAGUUCAGUCAUCUCGCUAAUUUAUUAUUAGUUCAUGGUAGAAGAAGUUACAAACGCUCGGCCGCAUUAAGCCAAUUCGUCAUACACCGUGGCUUGAUCAUUUCGACUAUGCAGGCAGUGUUCUCUGCGGUCUUUUAUUUAUCUUCGGUCGCUUUGUAUCAGGGUUUUCUUAUGGUGGGGUAUGCUACGAUAUAUACAAUGUUCCCCGUCUUUUCGUUAGUACUGGAUAAGGAUGUGUCCGGAAAAAUAGCACUUACUUACCCAGAACUCUACAAAGAGUUAAGCAAAGGUCGUUCAUUGUCGUAUAAAACAUUUUUUAUGUGGGUUUUGAUAAGCAUAUAUCAAGGAGGAGUAAUAAUGUAUGGUGCACUUAUAAUGUUCGAGGACGAAUUUAUUCAUAUAGUGGCCAUCAGUUUUUCGGCGCUUGUUUUGACGGAGUUAAUAAUGGUUGCUUUAACAAUCAGAACUUGGCAUCAUAUAAUGAUGCUCGCGGAAAUCUUCUCUCUAGCGCUUUAUUUGCUGUCACUGGUCGUCCUCAAGGAUUACUUCGACGCUGAAUUCAUCAAAACGACGGACUUCUUGUGGAAAGUAUUGGUGAUAACGUUAGUCUCGUGCAUGCCACUGUACAUCUUAAAGUUUUUGAGGAAGAAGUUUUCACCUCCUAGUUAUACAAAAUUAUCCUAAAUUAUCUCGCACAAGAGCGUCGUUAUCUGCCAUCUGCGUAUAGAGAGACACAAAGGAGGACAAAACAUCAGCGUAACGUAUUAGUAAUAUAGAGAAAAAUGUAUACACACAGAAUGUUCUCUCUUUCGUUCCAAUCCAAUCCAACUAAUAUUGCUCAGUUCGUUUGUAGCGGACUAAGACAAAUUAUAUGCACCGUUUUAUAUCAACCAACUAUUUUUGUAACAAUUCUAUCGAGGACUAAUGGUAUAACAAGAAAUGCCUAUACUGCGAAAUAAGAGCCGAUAAAGUUUCCAAAUCUCCUGUAUUAUAUUGCGCACUGAGUAACUUCGUUGGGAUACGGAUUGGAUUUUACGUGCGGAACUAACAACUUCACGAUACUUCAUAUAAUGUUAAAUACUUCCUGCAAAGCUUAUCUAUAUUACUACACAUCCUGACUUGAGGUCAAACAAGAAAUACAUGACUUUUUCUAUCUGAUUUUUUCUUUAUAUAUUUUUUCUUUUAUUUAUAUAUAUUUAAUUAUGAAUGUAACGCCAAAUUCGAAUCUUCCAUUUCAGUGCGUUUGUAUGCACGUAUUACGGCAUUUACAUAGGUUCGAUGCUUAUCAUUCGUUCGCAAAAUACUAAUUAGAAAUGUUCUAACUGAGCACGACAGUAUUUCUCAUGUAUCGAGUAAAAAUCUUCAAGUAUCCUGAUAUAUUCAGGAACUCAUUCAGAUAAUCUUUAUUUGUAACGAGAGAUCAAUGCAUUUUACUUUAAAGAAGAAAAAAAUUGUUAAAGUUAAUACGAUUAAGGAAUGGGAUUUGAGUGUCAGAAAUGAAACUGUGAUUUUUGUGAACUAAGUAUAAACGGCAAUUUUUGCACUAACACUGUUAUAUGAUGAAGUCGAUCCCAGGACUAUUCCAGACAUUUGUUUCCUUAUCUUUCAGAAAGUGUCCUAGCUUUUCAUUUGUAUCAUAAAUCAUAUAUAUUUCGCAUAAACUAUCAAUACCAGAUUACGUAAUAUGUUUUAUAUACAUGUAUAUAAUGCAAGCAUGUAGAACAUGUAAACUGUAAUCGUUGUUACCUCUAAUAUGAAUGAAACGUAUCGCAAUUAAUAAUAGCUGUUAGAAAAUUAUUAUUUGCCAAUGUAACGCGUUUGUGAUUAAUUUAUUCGCAAAUAAAAUAAUAUAUUCCUUUU